UCUCCCCCAGUCCCAACGUCCCCCUUCCCUUCUCCUCUGGCCCUACGUUUCUUCUUUCCUAUUUUACCCGCUCUGCUCAUUUCCUUCCUCCGCCCUCUCCUCUCGGCUAGCGUCUUGUGGGAUUUUUGCGUCUGCCGUUCCAGCUGUGAGCACACGAGAACACUAACAAAGCGACGCCUUUAGCGGGAGCUGGGGAGAUUCUAGAAAUAAAGGGAGGAAGAAGGUUUAAGAGAGGUUUUGGGGAGUGAAAUGGUUGGGGACUUGGACUCUUGCUUUCGGAAGCUGAUGGUAUUUAGUGGUAGUGGUGGUGAUAGUGGCAGUGGAGUGGGGAAGAUGCAAGGUGGGGCCAUCACUGAGUGGAAAGAUAUUCCCAUGGAGCUGUUGUUGCGGAUCGUUUCGAUGAUCGAUGAUCGUUCAGUGGUCAGCGUGUCCGGCGUGUGCAGUGGGUGGAGGGAUGCUAUAUGCUUAGGCCUUACCCAUCUGUCUCUCUCUUGGUGCAAGAACAACAUGAACAACUUGGUUCUUUCUCUUGCUCCCAAAUGGACGAAAUUGCAGGGUCUAAAUCUGCGGCAAGAUAAACCCCAGCUUGAGGAUAUUGCUGUUGAGACUAUUGCAAAUUACUGCCAUGAUCUUCAGGAACUUGAUCUCAGCAAGAGUUUCAAGCUUACUGAUUGCUCCCUCCGUGUUUUGGCUCAUGGUUGCCCUAAUCUUAUUAAGCUGAAUAUUAGUGGAUGUUCAGCAUUCAGUGAUGAUGCUCUUCAAUAUCUCACUGAAUUUUGCAGAAAAUUGAAGUAUCUGAAUCUUUGUGGAUGUGUAAAAGCUGUAUCUAAUGAGGCAUUGCAGGCUAUUGGAAGGAACUGCAGCCAAUUGCAGAGUUUGAAUUUGGGAUGGUGUGAGCGUGUAAGUGAUGAUGGAGUAAUGAGUUUAGCCAAAGGAUGUCCUGACCUUAGAGCCCUUGACCUAUGUGGCUGUGUCCUUAUAACAGAUAUUAGUGUGAUUGCUUUGGCGAACAGGUGCCUUCAUCUGAGAUCUCUUGGGCUAUACUACUGUCAGAACAUUACAGACACAGCGAUGUAUUCCUUGGCUCACAGCCGGGUGAAAAACAAGCACGGAGUGUGGAAGUCUGUGAAAAGCAAGUAUGAUGAGGAAGGACUCAAAAAUCUCAACAUCAGCCAGUGUACAGCUCUCACUGCUACUGCUGUUCAGGCUGUGUGUGAUUCGUUCCCUGCGCUUCACACCUGCCCAGAGCGAUAUUCCCUCAUCAAGAGUGGCUGUUUGAACUUAGCAUCUGUGCAUUGUGCCUGUGCCAUCCAAGCACAUCGUAUGCCCAGCAGUCUUCCCCACCCUGCUCAUUGAACAAAGCACAUAAAGUGAGACUGGGGAAAGUAAGGAACCAUGCCACUGUACAAAUGGUUGUUAAAAACUGCCUAUCUUUGUCUGGUUAGCUAGUCAUUUUACUGUUGGAACCUACAAAUGUAUGAACUCCUUGGAUUUAAGUUGUCAACCACCCUUGUUUACAAGCUUUAAAGUAGCGUGAUGUUUUAUGAAUGGGCAGUAUUUUU